AUGUUGCCUUUAUGUUCUGCAGUAUCUGGUCGGUCCUGUCUGGUCGGGGGCUCGGUGGUUCUGGAUGGAAGCAGAUGGGACGAAGACUGUAACAGCUGCCGGUGUCACAACGGGAGAGUUUCCUGCACAAAGCUGUGGUGCGGACCCCGACCUUGUAUCCUCCACAGUAAGACUCGCGGCUCCGACUGUCCGGCCGGUCACACCUGCGUCGCCGUCCGGGACGAGAGCUGCUUCGUGAAGCCGUGUCCAAGCCAGGGCGAGUGCUGGAGCCCCGCCCAACAGGCCCCGCCCACUUCCAGGUGUCACCCAGAGAGCAGCUGCGCCAACGUCACCUUCACCUUCAACAAGGACGUCAUGACAAAGGGCGUGACGGUGGAGCAGGUCUGUCGUGAGCUCAGGAGCCUCUACGCCGUCAAGAACCGUUCCUCGGACUCCUUCGUGUCCAUGACCUGCGAGCCGUCGCUCAGCGCCAACAACGAGAUCCACGUCUCCAUCUCGACAGAAGACCAGCGGAGAGGCAUGACCUUCGUUAAGGAAAUCACAGACAGGAUCAUGGACCUGGUCAGCAAGCGGAGCGCCAACAGCUCCAUCAUCAGCGCCAUCGCAGAGGUUCGAAUCCAGAGGCGACAAAACCUCAACCCCAACGCAGACCACCUGGUGCCGCUGCUGGUUUCCGUGGUGAUCGUGAUCUGGGCUUUGGCGGUCGCCUCGAUGUUGCUGUGGUGCGUGAGGCGGCGAAGGAAGCAGAGCACGCACACAGGAGUCAGCACGCAGGCCUCGGCCAUCGCUCCCCCCCCGGCCGAGGACAACAACGCCCUCCACAACAGCGUCAUGGCCGCCCGCGAGCAGCUCAACCACAUCAAGAACCCGAUUGAGAAGAACCCGCAGCACCACCUCCUCAUCCACCACCACCACCUGUACGAGGACAAGAACUCCGUCAACUCCAAGAUCAGGAAGUCAGACACGGGAAGCCUGUCGGAGGACGAGGAAGUGGACAAACGGCUGCAGAAGGCCCGGUUCCCCCGAGCACCACCGGCGUACUCGCUGGUAGAUCGGGAGGACCGCCCCCCCCACCACUCCACAGGGAGACCCCCACACUGGACUAGCAAACAGGACAACAGGCAGCUGCAUUCGCAGAGCGUGAACAGGAUGGAGUACAUCGUAUAG